UCCCCCACUCGCGAGCCGGCCGCUGCUGCUGGGCCGGACCCCCCGGGCUCAGCCGGGCUCCUUGCGGAGCCGCCGCCGCGCCCCGUUUGCUUAGGAGGAGGCCCCGGGCCGGGACUCCUGGCGCGGGCAUAAAACGGGCCGGAGUCGGCGCCUAGGGCACUAGAGCGGCGUACGGCCCGGGUCAGCGCCCAGCCGCCCGCGCUCUCCCGCCCCGCCCGACUGGGAGCGGACGCGGCGACUGCUAGACGAGCCCCUCGCCACUGCCCCCCUCCUGGCCCCGGCCCCCUCCCGCUGGCCCGCCUCUGGUCCUGCCCUACUCCCUCUCCUGCUCCCUCCUCCCGCCCGCCUCCCCAGCUGUCCGCUCCGCGUCAUGCCGAGCCUCCCGGCCCCGCCGGCCCCGCGGCUGCUCCUCGGGCUGCUGCUCCUCGGCUCGCGGCCGGCCGGUGGUACUGGCCCGGAGCCCCCUGCGCUGCCCAUCCGUUCCGAGAAGGAGCCGCUGCCUGUUCGGGGAGCGGCAGGCUGCUCCUUCGGCGGGAAGGUCUAUGCCUUGGACGAGACGUGGCACCCGGACCUGGGGGAGCCUUUUGGGGUGAUGCGCUGCGUACUGUGCGCCUGUGAAGCGCCUCAGUGGGCUCGCCGUGGGAGGGGCCCUGGCAGGGUCAGCUGCAAGAACAUCAAACCCCAGUGCCCCACCCUGGCCUGCAGGCAGCCGCGCCAGCUGCCAGGACACUGCUGCCAGACCUGCCCGCAGGAGCGCAGCACUCUAGAUCGCCAGCCAGCUGGCCUAGUCUUCGAGUAUCCAAGGGACCCAGAGCACCGCAGUUACAGCGAUCGAGGGGAACCCGGUGCUGGAGAGCGGACACGUGCUGAUGGCCACACGGACUUUGUGGCGCUGCUGACAGGACCGAGGUCGCAGGCGGUAGCUCGCGCUCGGGUCUCUCUGCAGCGCUCAAGUCUUUGCUUCUCUAUCUCCUACCAGCGGCUGGACCGCCCCAGCAGGGUUCGGUUCACAGAUCCCACAGGCAACAUCCUGUUUGAACACCCUGCUGCCCCAACCCAGGAUGGCCUGGUUUGUGGGGUGUGGCGGGCAGUGCCUCGACUAUCUCUGAGGCUCCUGAGGGCAGAACAGCUGCAUGUAGCUCUUGUGACAGCCACUCAUCCUUCAGGAGAAGUCUGGGGGCCUCUCAUUUGGCAAGGGGCUCUGGCUGCAGAGACCUUCAGUGCCAUCCUGAUGCUGGAAGACCCACAGCCUCGGGGUGUGGGGGGCAUAGCCCUGCUCACCCUCAGUGACACGGAAGACUCCUUACAUUUUUUGCUGCUCUUCCGGGGUCUGCUAGGACCCAGGGAUGGAGCCCUGGCAGGACCAGCUCAGGUUCCCCUGAAGCUUCAGAUUCUCCACCAGGGACAGCCACUCCGAGAGCUCCAGGCCAACACCUCAGCACAGGAGCCAGGUUUUGCUGAGGUGCUGCCCAGCCUUACGGAGCAAGAGAUGGACUGGCUAGUGCGGGGGGAGUUGCAGAUGGUCCUAGAGAGGGCAGGUGGGCCAGAGCUACGCAUCAGUGGAUACAUUACUACCAGGCGGAGCUGCGAUGUCCUUCAAAGCGUCCUUUGUGGGGCUGACGCCCUGGUCCCAGUCCAGACGGGUGCUGCUGGCUCAGCCAGCUUCAUUCUGCUAGGAAAUGGCUCCCUGAUCUAUCAGGUGCAAGUGGUAGGUACAGGUAGCGAGGUGGUGGCCAUGACACUCGAGACCAAGCCUCAGCGGAAGAACCAGCGCACUGUCCUGUGCCACAUGGCUGGACUCCAGCUGGGAGGACACAUGGCUGUGGGUAUCUGCUCUGACCUGGGUGCCCGAGGGGCUCACAUGCUGCUCCAGAAUGAGCUGUUCCUGAAUAUUGGCACCAAGGACUUCCCAGAUGGAGAGCUUCGGGGGCAUGUGACGGCCCUGCCCUACAGCGGGCACAGUGCCCACUAUGACAGAUUGCCUGUGCCUCUGGCAGGGGCCCUAGUGUCACCCCCGGUGCGAAGUCAGGCAGCAGGGCAUGCCUGGCUCUCUCUGGAUACGCAUUGCCACUUACACUAUGAAGUGCUACUAGCUGGGCUUGGUGGCUCAGAGCAAGGCACUGUCAGUGCCCACCUCCUCGGACCUCCUGGUGUGCCAGGGCCCCAGCGGCUACUGAAGGGAUUCUAUGGCUCAGAGGCUCAGGGUGUGGUCAAAGACCUGGAGCCCGUGUUGCUGCAGCACCUGACGCAGGGCACUGCCUCCCUGUUGAUCACCACCAAGAGUAGCCCCAGAGGGGAACUACGUGGGCAGGUGCACAUCGACAGCCAGUGUGAGGUGGCAGGUCUGCGCCUGGCCUCAGAAGGAGCGCGGUUACCAGUGGCUCCAAAUGGAGAGGCAGCUGCCUUGCCUGUGUUGCCUGCUGGACCUGGGCCUGAUGCCUCAGUACCAGCCAAACACGGCAGUCCCGGGAGGCCCCGAGACCCUAACACAUGCUUCUUCGAGGGGCAGCAGCGUCCCCACGGGGCUCGCUGGUCACCCAACUACGACCCACUCUGCUCACUCUGCACCUGCCAGAGACGGACAGUGAUCUGCGAUCCUGUAGUGUGCCCACCACUAAGCUGCCCCCACCCGGUGCAGGCACUGGACCAGUGCUGUCCCGUGUGUCCAGAGAAGCAACGCAGCAGAGAUUUUCCUGGGCUACCAAACUUGGAGCCAGGAGAGGGCUGCUAUUUUGAUGGUGACCGGAGCUGGAGGGCAGCGGGUACCCGGUGGCACCCCGUUGUGCCCCCCUUUGGCUUAAUUAAGUGUGCUGUCUGCACCUGCAAGGGGGCCACUGGAGAAGUGCACUGUGAGAAGGUGCAGUGCCCUCGCUUGGCCUGUGCUCAGCCAGUCCGUGCCAACCCCACUGACUGCUGCAAACAGUGUCCAGUAGGGUCAGGGUCCCAGGCCAAAGUGGGAGACCCCAUGCAGGCUGAUGGGCCUCGGGGGUGUCGCUUUGCUGGGCAGUGGUUCCCAGAGAAUCAGAGCUGGCACCCAUCAGUACCCCCCUUUGGGGAGAUGAGCUGUAUUACCUGCAGAUGUGGGGCAGGGGUACCCCAUUGUGAGCGGGACGAUUGUUCCUUGCCACUGUCCUGCGGCUCAGGGAAGGAGAGUCGAUGCUGUUCCCACUGCACAGCCCAAAGGACAGCCUCUGAGACUAGAACCCUUCCAGAGCUGGACAAAGAAGCUGAAAGCUCCUAGGGAGUGUGUCCAGAAGGCCACAUGACCAAGAGGAUGGGCCCGAGCUGGGAGAAGGAGCGGUGCUGAGGACCUUGACUCUCCUGUGGGAAGCCCAGUGCCUUUAGUGCCUCUGUUCUGCUUCUUCUCCUCCCCUACUACCUCUGGGAACCGCAACUCUACAAGGGGAAAGACGGCUGGGUCAGACCAAGGCCAUAUCCACGCUAGCUCCUGCCCCAUUACUCUUUUGGCCUCUGCCCCAGAAGCCUAACUCUUUUCUUCUGUACAUAAUGCCACUGGCUUAUUGGGAUUUUUUAAUUUAUCCUCACUCAGCGCCAAGGGUUCCCUCACACCAUUCCUGCUGCCCCUGAGCUGAGCAGAGUCAUUAUUAGAGAUUUUUGUAUUUAUUAAAAUGUUUUUUCAGU